GACUACGUACAGUAAAAGAUUUUGCACAGAUUUGUUUUCACUGAGAUGCCUCUCUUAUUUCACUUGACCUUCAGUUUUGUCCACUACAAUCAAAAUGAAAGAAAAGACUUUAUUAUUGUGCAUCCUCCUUUUUCUGAGUGUCAGCUUGUCUGCUGGUCAAGAGGAGGGUUAUAUUAGGCUGAAGGAUGGUCAAGAUUCCUCAGAGGGCCGUGUGGAGAUCUUUCAUAAUGGUGCUUGGGGAACUGUGUGUGAUGACGACUGGGACAUGAAUGAUGCCCAAGUAGUGUGUCGGCAGCUCAGUUUCCCAGGAGCAAGAGAAGCUCUGCAAUCAGCCACAUUUGGCCAAGGGGGUGGCAACAUCUGGAUGGAUAAUUUAGGCUGUGGUGGGACAGAGACAACUCUUCUCCAGUGUCAGUUUGCUGGGUGGGGGGUUCACAACUGUGGUCAUGGUGAGGAUGCUGGUGUCCGAUGUGAAAAUGGUCCUGACAUAAACGUAUCACCCAGCCAUGAGUAUGACUUGGACCACAACACCAGCCUCUCUCAUCAGUUAGGAGAGCUGUUUGAAAGUGGACAUGACUGUGAUUUAAACAUCGCAGUGGUGGUGGACAGCAGCACCACUGAGACCAUCUGUGCUCACAGUGUCAUCCUUUCUCUGAACUCAAACCUCAAAACGUCACAGCCAGACUUCAACAGCCUCAGCAUUAAUGUCACCUCUGCCUGCAGUCAGCAUGCCAACACCUUUGUCAGGUAUUUCUACACAAGAAAGAUUAAAAUCACACAGUCCUCUGUCCUCUGCAUUCUCAAUAUGGCAUUUGAAUGGGGCCUGGAAGAACUUCAGAAUGAAGCGGAAAAUCUUUUCAAAUUGUUUCUCACAGAAGAUAUUUUUUUCCACCAUCAAUACUCUUUCUAUCAGUACACAGUUCGUGCAGGUGAUGAGGCACUGCAGGAACUCUAUUUUCGCUACUUGGCGUGGAACUGUGAGGCUCUGAUCCGUUCCCCAGCCUGGACUGAUCUUCCAUUUGCCCUGGUCAGCUCUCUUCUGUCUCGCUCAGACAUUGUGGUACGCAAUGAAACCGUCCUCCUGAGUGCACUGGAGAGAUGGGCAGCAGCUCAAGGAAACACAACAAUUCCUGAGAUCCUUCUGAAGCUCAUCCGUUUCCCAAUGAUACCAGCUGAGGACUUAUACAAACUCGAUGCCUCACAGUAUUAUGUCAGCAAGUUGCAAGGGUUUCAGUUUAAUGCUCUGCCCUUAACAACAUUGCUCAGUGACCUGACAGAAGAGCAAAAUGCCUACACAUCCAGGAUUUACACUGGCCAGCCAUGGGGCUUUACCAUUAGCACUCACGAUGUCAUAAAUUUCAAGAAUUCAGGGAUCUACACUGUUCAUGGCCAGAGUGUCAAUAGCCUGACAUCUGAAUUCCAAACUCCCGUUCACAACAGUGCUUAUUUUGCUUUACACAACAAGCGUUGGAAAACAACUGUAUAUGUCAGAAAUGAAGACUGCUCAAGUGAAGGUGUUUCCUGCCCUACUUUGCCAGCUGUCAGUUUUAAGAUUCAAGAAAAGAACAGUGAUUUGCCCAGUGAGAUGGAGGGACGUAUUCGCUACAGAAACAGGCUUGUUCUCAUGUGUGAAGGGAGAUAUGUGUUCCACGUUACUGAGUUUAAUUCUGUUGAUGGUGAUGAUCUGGUGUUUGCUCCAAGCAGCCAAGAACAAGUCUAUGCUUGCCACUCAAACCUGUUCUCCUUCCAAGUGGUGGUAUGUCCUCAGUACUCAACAGAUUAGACAAUAUUAAGGAGGAUGAAUAUGAAACAACAUAAUAUUCAUGAUACUCUCACCUGUGUAAGCAACAUUUUAUAAAACUGGAUUAACUGCAUUUAUCGAGCUUAACAAAAGUCAGCACAAAGGAGGAAGGAUUUCCAGAUAACUCCCUACCAAGUUCCAUGCUGAUUGGAAGUGAUGCGGUUAUUGUAACUGGAUUGUAGCGUGAAGGGGGGUGAAUAUUAGAUUCAAAGUUUUUGAUGGAUAAAGUCUCAGGAGAGCUUUUGCUUAAACAAACAGCAGUAUGGGGCGAGUCUUACAACAGUACGGGACAAGUAUGGAACAAGUCUAGACGUUGGUAGAAUUUGUUGUUCUGUUGGUAGAACCGUUGGCAGAACAAGUUCUGGUUAGACUAGGGACUGUUUGUGCAGCAGAAAUACAGCUUACGUUUGCUCACAUCAGUAAUGAAGGGGUGGAAAAAGAUACAUACGUCACUGGAUGCCUUAUUAAACUUGGGAGUGCCUCUACAUUCUAUCUACUGUAAAAGAGAUACACAUUUAUAUGCAUUGUACUGUAAAAUUUAAAAUCAUUUAACAGUAAUUACACAUUUGAAAGUUCUCUAAAUGUAUGAUAACGACUUUUUUGAAAUUUUACAAUUUAAUAUAAUAAAGUUCUUAUUUUAUCAAUAUAAUUCUGUAACAUUUCUGU